GUGGAGCGAGCGAGCUGAGUGGUUGUGUAGUUGCGUCUCGGAGACCGGUAGCGCUUGCAGCAUGGCUGACCAAAUGACUCAAGAGCAGAUUGCAGAAUUCAAAGAAGCUUUUUCACUAUUUGACAAGGAUGGUGAUGGAACUAUAACAACAAAGGAAUUGGGAACUGUAAUGAGGUCUCUUGGGUAGGAUCCCACAGAAGCAGAGUUACAGGACAUGAUAAAUGAAGUGGAUGCUGAUGGUAAUGGCACAAUCGACUUCCCAGAAUUUCUGACAAUGAUGGCAAGAAAAAUGAAAGACACAGACAGUGAAGAAGAAAUCCGAGAAGCAUUCUGUGUGUUUGAUAAGGGUGGCAAUGGCUAUAUUAGUGCAGCAGAGCUUCGCCCUGUGAUGACAAACCUUGGAGAGAAGUUAACAGAUGAAGAGGUUGAUGAAAUGAUCAGGGAAGCAGAUAUUGAUGGUGAUGGUCAAGUAAACUAUGAAGGGUUUGUACAAAUGAUGACAGCAAAGUGAAGAUAUUGUACAGAAUGUGCUAAAUUUCUUGUACAAAAUUGUUUGUUUGCCUUUUCUUUGUUUGUAACUUAUCUGUAAAAGGUUCCCCCUACUGUCAAAAAAAAUA